CACUCGUACGAGUAGAUACUGGGUUCUUGGAAAUGAUUUGAUUGUAAUGAUUGUAAUCCCGUGGUUAGAUUGCAUAGAACAUAAAACGUUUUAUUAAAAAAAUUGUUUUUGCAACGGGAAACUGGUGCGCCUUCGACUUCUCAUUGAAGCUGAAUCAAUUUUGUCCCUCCAGGCUGACCGUAGAUGUUUGUGCACACAGUAGUUUCACGUGUGUGGUUCAGAAUGGUGCUUGUUCUCAGUUACAACACGAAAUAUUUAACUAACUACAAGAAUCGCCAACAAGUACGGAACACAUCGUUACACGAGUAAAGGCUGGUGUCAUUUGUUGUCCCCUCAAUGGGUUUGCUGACUGCACUGAGAGCUGUCAGGUGCUCCCUGAGUCCCCUUUCAGCAUCAAAAUCAUGGCUUUCUACCAAAGCCCCCCCGCCGGGGGACCAGAACAUCCUGCUCAUGGGCGCUCCUGGUGCAGGGAAGACCACAGUGGGGAGGAUAGUGGCCCACAGACUGGGACUGCCCGCCGUUGACGUCGAUGACGACAUCUUGGAGACGAUAUGGAAGAUGCCCGUGGCCGCCAAGCUGGCGGCGGUCGGCGGAGAGCGUUUCCUGGAGGAAGAGGGCCAGGCUCUGUGUAACUUCUCGGCCUCUGGGUGUGUCGUUUCCCUCACGGGCUCUAACCCUCUCCACGCCGCGGCAAUGCGGCGCCUCAAAGAGUCCGGACUAGUCGUCUACCUGGACGUGGACGGCGAGGACGUCAUGCAGCGGCUCGCCAGGAUGAAGGUGAACCGGAUCGUGGGCCAGGAGGCGGGGGCGUCCAUGAGGGACAUCCUGCGCUACAGGAAACAGUUUUACGAGAGAUGGCUCGAUGUGCGGGUGCUGUGCGGCAGAGGGGUCACGGUGGAGGAGGUGGCGGAGAAGGUGCUGAAGGCCGUCGAGAGGUAUCGCAACCGCGCUGCAGAAACCUUCGUGUCAACCAGGAGCGACGGCGCGGCGUCGUCCAAUCAGGAGACACACUUUAGCGACGUGGUAAUUGAGGGUCUCGCCACAGAUGGAGGCCUCUAUGUUCCCAGAAGCGGCUUCCCAAACAUGGACGCUGGUGAAUGGCUGAGACUGGUCGACAUGUCAUACCCAGAACGAGCAUUGAUGCUACUGGAACAGUGCAUACACCCGCUGGACGUCUCUGCUCUGCACCUGAGAACGAUGAUCUUCAAGGCAUACGGGUCCAACUUCUCUAGCGAGGCUGUGGCACCGGUGAAACACCUCGUCCGCAAUCAGUACGUCCAGGAGCUUUUCCACGGCCCCACCGCCUCAUUCAAAGACCUCGCCUUGCAGCUGAUGCCCCAGCUCUUCGCCCACUGCCUCCCGCAGAUGUGCAACUACCUCGUGCUGGUGGCCACCUCCGGGGACACGGGAGGCGCGGUGCUCAGCGGCUUCGGCAGCCUCGGUGGCACCGACGUUCACCGGACCGGGGUGCUGGUGUUCUUCCCAGAGGAAGGCGUGAGCGAGACUCAGAAGCUCCAGAUGACGAGCUACAGGGAGGGCAACGCCCAGGCCGUCAGCGUGCUGUCAGACUUUGACUUCUGCCAGAGAAGCAUAAAGAGGAUGUUCGGAGAGUCGGGGCUGACCGGGCACCUCGCCGUGGAGUACAGCACGGUCCUCAGCACCGCCAACUCCAUCAACUGGGCGCGGCUGCUGCCACAGGUGGUGUACCAUUCCUCAGCCUAUCUGGAUCUGUGCAGAGACGGCGUCAUCAAGUUCGGGGAGCCCAUCGAUGUUUGCAUCCCUUCCGGUAACUUUGGCAACGCUAUGUCCGCUCUGUACGCCAAGCAGAUGGGCGUCCCGAUACGAAAAGUCAUCUGCGCGUCCAACCACAACCGCGUCGUCGCCGACUUCCUCGCCACGGGCGAGUACGACCUCCGGGGGAGGCCUCUGAUGCCCUCCCACUCCCCGGCUAUAGAUAUCCUGAAAUCCUCCAACCUCGAGAGGUUUAUCCACCACGCCUCGGACAGAGACGGCCGUCUCGUCAGGGAGCUGUUCGCUCGCUUGGACCGGCAGCAGCACUUUCAGGUUGCCGAGCCCCUUCUUGGCAGGAUGCAGCGGGAGGUGGCGGCUGGCUGGUGUUCUGAAGGCGACUGCUUGGCCGCCAUCCAGAGCGUCCACGCACAGACGGGCUACCUCAUGGACACGCACACCGCCGUCGCUAAAGUCGUGGCCGACAGGCUGCAGGACGGCUCGUGCCCCGUGGUGCUCUGCUCCACCGCUCACUACGGGAAAUUCGCUCCGGCCGUGUUCAAAGCGUUACAAAUCCAAAAUAUUCCGGAGGAUCCCGUCGAGCAGCUGAGGCGGCUCGGAUCGACCGCGACCGCACCUGAAGUGCACAGAGGCGUGAUGAAAUGCCUGGAGGAGAGAGGCGGGAGGGCACACACCGUUUGUCAGGCAGAUUACGGCGCGUUGGUUGAAGAGGUGGAGAGCAUGAUACAGGACUCCUUCUUAAAGGUCAUGUAGGACUCUGUCCUCUUUGUAUCAUGUUCCUCAUUCUUCCAAUGAAUCUGUCACUUUUUUAAAAGCUAAUUCAAGAAGUAACAGAACAAAUCUUAAACAAAAUGCAAGAUAUUAAAGUUUUAAGCAAUAACGGUCAUACGAUUAAUUUAAAACACAUCAUUUAAACCCAGUCUGCAGGAUUAAUGAAAAACAACAACCACACGUACUGUAAUCGAGCUCUAAACUCAAUUUAAUUUCUAUUGAUUAUGCAACAUUUCUUACAUCAUUACCCAGAGCCCUGGCCCACUAGAUGGGGAUGUCUACCUCUUGGCCACUGCUGUGUAGACACACUGGUGCAGGCAGUGCAGUAAAUGUGUAUUACUGUUGGGGGGGGGGUUAAUUAAUGACCAAGUCAGAAGGCCAAACAAACUAGUAAAUGACAAAUCAAUACCAGCAGUCAGAGUGAAACCCUUCUUAAAGAUGAUUGUAUGCUCAUACAUCGUGCUGUGGUUGUACAUAUUUGCCGUGUGUUUGAUCGAUGUUCAAUGAUUAUAUAACAAACGCUUUAUUUACCUCGUCCUCUUUCUCAUUACUCAAACUUUUCCCCGCUGACGUGAGCACAGACGACGGGCUGUGAAAGCUUGCGUGUCAGAUCUCGCAGCGGCAUUAAAACGCGGGUAAUGAACUGAUCGGCACAGUCCAUUAAUUGCCAGGAGAAGCUGGAGCAUCUGGUACACUCGUCCAAUCAGAGUCCUCUGACUACCCGACUGAAGGUAGAAAACUGGUUAUUAUUUCAUUAAAAAGAAAAACCUUUUGAACCGCACUGCUUCCUUUUCUCUUUCAUGAGCUCAUCAGCGGCUAACAUUCAGGAACACAUUCUUUAAUAAGACGGUUAAAGCAGAUUUAGUGAUCUUGGGAAUAACACGAUUUAAAAUGAGCAGCUUGACAAUUUGGGGAAUUAUGCUUGACAAGAGGAAGUGGCUCAAUUUUCUGCUCAUGUUUCCUCUCAACAAGAUAUAUAUAUUUACCUGAGGCAGAAAUGAUGUUUAAUUUUGUGUUGUAUUAUAGAUUGUAUACUUGAUUUAUUAAAAUGUAUUGAUGUUAAACUUUUCUUUUCUUAGAAAAACAAGACUUCUUGCCACCCACGUAACAGCUUGUGACUUUAGUGUAUUUGGGGUGAAUAUAUGGAGAUUGGUAAUAUGAUACAAGCUUUCUAUAAGCUCUUGGGAUCCAACAAAAAAACACAUUUUGCUCUUAUUUGCCAGACAUCUGUCAGAAGACGCGUCCUGUAAACAGAACCGAGUGGGCCCGAGGGUUAUUUUCCACCGUCCGACGAGAGAGGACUCCCGUCUCUGUGGCCAUCAGUCGACUCCUUUAAGCCCAGGUGCUGCCUCAGCAGCGGGGAGGAAGAUACCUCUUCAUAGACCUCCAGGAUUGCUUAUGGCUGCAGUUGUUGAAAUGGAUGGAAAGUCGGGCCAGAUUUGACGAAGCACUUUGCCGACAUGCCCUCUGAUCUGGAUCUCUGUCUCUCGGAGUCUUUGCCAGAACUGAGAGGAACAAGUUUUCUGAAAGUAGUUUUAAAAGCGUAUCUGCUUUCAUGGUUUUGUGGGAGAAAAGGAAUGGAGACACCUCACAUACGGAGACCCUGCUACUCUCUUCCCAUUGGCUGGCAGAGCUGAGCUCUGUGGUUGGAGCCUCUUGGUCUGUUGCCAUCAAGUUGGAGAAAAUCUAUUGUUUAAAACAAAAGAGGUCGCAAAGUCAGUCUUAGUGAGGCGAGACUUAACGGGAUAUAAACCUAUUUCUACGACACAAAAUUAGGUUCAUUCGAAGACUUUUACUUUUUUCUUGGGUCAUUGUAGCCGUUUCUGUAUUACUCUCUAUUAUCUAUUUAAUAUGUUAUUGUCUUUUAAUUAUUUUACUGUUUUUUAAUCUACCUCUCUAUUUUAUUGGUUUCAUUAUUAGAUUUUCUGCCUUUUUAUUCCCGUGCUGACUGCGUCAACCCUCCGGGGAGCAUAAACCUGCACUUUAUUAUGGAACAAAUUUCUAUUUCAUGAGCAUGGAUGAAUUAAAUUAUACAUCAUUUAAAAGCCAACAACCUCGUCCAAUGCUGGAUCUCAAGUUAAAAUACUUUCCCUAAGUUAUCAGCUCUGACACCUUUGUGUGCUCGGGGUUUCCAAAAACCAGAGAGUGGUCUAUUUAGUAAAUGAUAUAUGUCUAUACUCUACCCAUAAUGUUAUGCAAAUUACAGUCACUCACUGUAAAUAUCUUUUACCAUCUUCCAUCGCAUAUCAGCAAAAUACCCCACAGCCCUCCCCACAUUUCAUACAUCUCCCCCUUACUUUUAUUUCUUGUUACAGACAGAAAAUUAAUAAAAUUUCAUCGGAAAGGAGUCAACAGUUUCUGCAUUAACAUCGAGAGAUAGCAAACACAACAGGAGUAUUAGUCUUUGCUUUAUUUCUUCACCUUGGACGAUCAAAGUAUCAACAACAGGAGAAAAAUGUGUGUGAGACACAAUGAGUGCAACACCCACAGCAGCCUGUCGCUGUUAGUGCGAAGAUGAGAGAGAGCAACAGUCUCUGAAGUGAUCCAUUGCUCCUGACAGACCUGAGCUCUGCUGCUAUCGGGCUCGCAGCAAACAGAUAGAGAGGAGGAGAAAGGUGCGGAGGGACAUCCAGAUUAAUUACAACUUCUUGUUUUCAAUCAGUGCAGCAUUUCUACAAUCGCCCCUUCGACUGUACUCAAGUUUCCGUGCUUCCUCGAUGACAGAUCGCCU